AUGGAUUUCUUCAAUGAGUCGCUCGAAAACUCGUCUCUGUUCAUCUUUAACUCCUCUGGACGCCUCACAGAUAACAGCACGGCUCAGUAUGACAUCAUCAUUUUGCCUAGCAUCUUUGGCAUCAUCUGCUUCUUGGGCAUUGUUGGCAACUGCCUCGUCAUCUACACCAUCGUGAAGAGGACCAAGUGCAGCGCCAAGCAGACUGUCCCAGAUAUCUUCAUCUUCAGUCUGUCCAUCGUGGACCUUCUCUUCCUCCUGGGGAUGCCCUUUCUCAUCCACCAGCUGCUGGGAGAGGGCUCCUGGUGUUUUGGAAGCAUCCUGUGCACAGUCAUCACCGCCCUGGACUCCAACAGCCAGACGGUCAGCACCUACAUCCUGACGGUGAUGACUCUGGACCGCUACAUUGCCACGGUGCAUCCAAUCCGCUUUAACCACAUUCGGACACCACGGGUGGCUGUGGCGAUUGUUGUAAUAGUCUGGCUACUCUCGGUCAUCUCCGUAACACCUCUAAUCCUGUAUGCCGGACUCAUGCCACUUCCCGGUGGACGCGUUGGUUGCGCCCUUCUUCUCCCAAACCCCUCCACUGACAUCUACUGGUUCACUCUCUACCAGUUUCUGCUGGUGUUUGCCCUGCCGUUGGCCAUCAUCUGCUUGGUUUUCUUCAAGAUCCUCCAGCACAUGUCCACCAACGUAGCUCCGCUGCCACCCCGGAGCCUUCAGGUGCGCACCAAGAAGGUGACCCGUAUGGCUGUGGCCAUCUGCUCGGCUUUCUUCACGUGCUGGGCUCCAUACUACAUCUUACAGUUGGUUCACCUGGGCAUCCGGCAGCCCAGCCCAGCCUUCUACUAUACCUACAACAUAGCCAUUAGCAUGGGCUACGCAAACAGCUGCAUUAGCCCCUUCCUUUACAUCCUGCUCAGUGACAACUUCAAGAGGCAGCUCAUUGUAGCCGUCCAGCCAGUCCACAAGCGUUUUCGAAUCAACCCCAGCACGACGGACGGCAGCGUGACACUGCAUCUCGCUCCUGAUGGACGGAGGCACUCUCACUCAGAUGACUCUGGACAGUGA